AUGAAAAAUUUUCGCAAGACUUCCCAGCUGAUAUCUUUCUACAAAUCAGCCAAUCAGAUGAGUUUCAGAAAGAGGUCAGACUGUUCCAAAGAGGCACUAAUGGUCUCAGUUCCACAUGUUUACGUGGAUGGCGCGAAGUGGCUCGAAUUCACUGACCGGAAGUUCCAUGUUUCUAACCCGACCUCAGCAUCUCGACUUCCCCUGUCUGAACUUAGGCAACCUCGGAGUAUCCCCGCUCUCGAGUUUCCUUCGGAUGGCAUGGUAGCUAGGCACCGAAAGGAUGUCACAGCUGAACGAUUACGUUUAUUUAUCACAUGUUUACGUUUAAUGAUUUGGUGGCUCAUCAGAUGGAUGCAGUUCCCGUCAACCUUACGUUUCACCGUAGAACCAAAUCGGGCAGCUUUCGACAAAGAGACUCAUUUGCGUGUUGCUGAAAACUCCUCGACAGCCCACGAACGGCGCGAAUUCCAUGCAAUUUGGUUUCGAGUAGAACAGAAGGUUGACGGAAACUCAAGGUUAUGCCUACCUUAUGAGCCCCAAGAAGGGCGAAACCGGUCGUGGACUGUCGAGGAGUUUUCAGCAAUCUUAUGA